AUGUCCUACAGAACAUUGGCUGCAUGUUUCUUCUGCCUUUUGGCUCUCUCUUCUGCAUGCUACAUCCAAAACUGUCCCAUCGGAGGCAAGAGAUCUGUGAUGGAUAUAAUGGAUAUCAGGAAGGUAAGUCUAACAUCUCAUGUCUAGUCUAAUCAUUUGGGUUUAUCUGAGUAAAGGGACAGAAUCACAUAGACUGCGGGGUUGUCCAAAAUGAGAAAUGCAGGAGAUUAUUUAUUCUUAAAAUGUGAUAAUAUGUUAGGCGUGUGUUUAAUUGCAUAAAUCCUUUACCAAUUUAAAAUGUGGGUUAUAUAAACUUUGGAAAUGUAUCUCUUUUCAAAGAGUUAAAAUAAACAUUUUGGUGCAAAAGAAGAAGAAAACUACUAAUCAUUGCCAUUUCACUUACAAAAAAGGGUUAAAAAUGUAAUGCACAAAUUAUUUUCCCUAGUGUAUCUCAGGUAGACCUCCUUAACUGUUUGAGUCCUUUGGUAGUAUUUAACACAUUGCAUUGCAACAAACUGUGUAUUCCUGCAGCAUUCAAAUGGUUACAUGUAUGAUGUUAAAGGCCAUAUUUAUCAAUGCAAAACAGAUGCUAAUCUGGAGCAAAGUGCUAAAUAAGGAGCAAUCACUAUGGAAACCAACACAAUAUCUCUAAGCAAUAGCACCUGUUUUGCAAUGAAAAUUUUGACCUUUUAUAGUUUAAGAUUCUCUGUGCUUUAUACAAACCUAUAAGCAACGUUCUAAAACACAGCCUUAGGUUCUCACUGUCUGAAACAGAUUUUGCACUGAUGUACUGUAUCUAAAAAACUGAAGAAUUAAAUAAAAACAUCAGGGAGCAUUUGACAAAUUAUCCAGCUCUUAAAAUGCAACAACAGCGUGUAAACAUUGCUUUAUAAAAUGAAUUAUUGUAAUUAUUGUUGGAAAUUUCGAAAUUGAAUAAUUUAGAUGUAAAACACCAAAUUUAAAAAAAUAAAAAAUUCUCCAGCCCAGUUCUUUUGACAUUAAGGGGCUUAUGCAAUAACCCUUUGAGUUCUACAGUGUGCACAAGGCAUUAAUAUGGCACGCAGGGGGUUAAAUGCAGAAUUCAAAUCUGAAUUGCAAAAUUUCAGCUAAAUUAGCUAUGCUACAACUGCAGCUGAGUUGGUAUAUUAUUGUCCAGAUGAUCUAAUGCAGUGUAGAUGUUCCCAAUGGAUUUUGUUUCACCAAGCAUUGAAGAAAGGGGAGUAAAACCCUAACUUUGCAUUUUUGUUUUUUAUACUUCACAAAAAAGUUCCCCUGUUCUGACAGUGUAUGGGGAAGCUAUUCCCUUGAGUAACUGUCCUUUAGAGCUUUCUCCAUAUGGCUUGUAGCCGCAUUUUGCAACCAGAACACUUAAGAUAGCAAAGAACGUAAAGGGCAAGAAUUUCAGAAAGAAAAUACAUUCACUCAUUGGAUACAGUAAACACAGGACAUUUAGUAAAACCUUACUACAUAAAAAGUAUUACAUUGGUAAAUAUAUUUAUAUUAUAUAAUACUUUACAAAAGCAAAUAUAUAUUGUAAGAUAGGACCCAUCGGCUGAAUACUUUCUCAUCUUAAUAAAGGAGUAAAUAAAAAAUGAUAAUUAAUCUAAAUAUAAACAUAUGUAUAAAAGCAUGCAAAAUAAAAAAAAAAGUGCAUAUAUUGACUGUUCACCUUAUGAGAAAUAAUAACCACCAGUUAUGUCUGUCAUAAUUUGUUAGGGGAGGAAACACUUGAUGAGUGUGUGUUAAUGUUUGUUGUUAAAUGCCUCUGUUUAAUAAGCUUUCAAAAAGAUUCAAUACUGUUAGAAAACUUUCCUAAUUAGUUCUUUGCAAAAAAGUGUAUUUAAAUAUUUGUAGUGACAGAAAAUAAUUGACACAUAACAUUUUUGGAUAUAAGUACAUAUAAUUUAAUUUUAUAUAUCUUCUGUCCUUCUAGUGGCUGUCUGAGUGACUGGUGCCUAUAGUGUCCCUUUUAAUAGUACAUUUAAUAAUACAUUCAGUACAGCAAUAUAUUGGAUUGGGAAAAACCGAAUACAAUUUAUGUUUCUGCGGUACCUUUGAGGCCCUUUAGUAAAGUACUGCUUUCUCGAAGGGAGGAGUGUUAGGCUAUAUUUUUUGAUUUGAGCACAUACUUAUUGACAGCCACUUUAAUGUAUAAUCAUCUCCUUCCGAAGCCUCCUUGACUUUACAGACUUGACUUGCUGUAAACUGGUAUCUGAUCUUCUUAAUACUUGUAGAUCUGACGUGCUUACAUUUUUACAAUGUGCAAUGAACUUUUAGAAGACAUUCAUGUCAUACCCGCGUGUCCAUCUUAUGUACCCCAGUCCAUUCAGGCCACCUUGUUCGUGUCUAUCGAGUCAAGAUACCCCUACUCCUACCAGCCAUCUAUUCUUCGUCUGUCUUUGCCUUUUGAUUCCAAUCUGCUUUUGUUUGCAGUAACAUUUUUUUUUAAUCCAUAUUACAUAGUGUAUCCCUUGUGGACCAAGAAAUAAAGGUCAUUGCUUUGGGCCCAACAUCUGCUGUGGAGAAGAGUUGGGUUGUUACUUUGGAACUUCAGAGACUUUAAGAUGUCAAGAAGAAAACUACCUACCCUCUCCAUGCGAGUCUGGCAGAAAGCCAUGUGGUAAUAAUGGAGGGAACUGUGCAGCCUCUGGUAUAUGCUGUAACCAUGGUAAGGACAGGUCUAUGGUGGAUGAGUCUGAAUAUGAAGUAACUUACUACAUAUUGCGGGAGGCUAUGGUGUACUAUCAGAUCUGUACUCUAAAAACAAGACAGGUUGUAGUCAAAACUGCAUGGAGUCUGAACAGCCCAAAAACUUACAUUCAGUGUUCUUUCUUAAUGUGAGAAUUCAAAGCGAUUUUCAAAAUUAAGCCCAGAGUAGCUGACCUAAAAGUAUAGCUGACUUAAAGACACUAAAUUCUAAAUUCUUAAAUUUAAAAUUUGCUUUGAAUUCAACUUAAAUGAUCACUUUAGUGAAUAACCCUGAUUGUGUUUAAAAGGAUGUCCUAAUGCAAGUCCACAAGGUUUAUUUACAAAAUUAUGAAAGGUGGUGACCAGAAUUGCGAAUUAUAAUUAAACAAAAUAUGAAAUAGAAUAAAGAGAAAACACAGAAAGAGAGAAUGAUUGCACAUGUGGGCAAAAUAUUGCAAAGCUGUUUUUGUUUUCCCACAGUUGAAAGUUCAGAGAGUAAACUAGUGUUGUGUGCCUGACUAAGACUUACCUAGGGCUGCUUGGUGGGGGUCGGGGAGGCACGAAGAAUCCUAGUGAUCCAUCCAUCAGUUUAAACAUUGUACCUCAGUUAAUUCACUACACAGCAACCAAUAACAGACCUCUAUACUCUUUCUCCUAGCCCCAGGGGUGCCAUGCUGCAGACCUCUGUACCCCUGCUCCUCUCUUACCUCCGCAUGGUCAAAGGAGUUAAGCUAUAGACAAGAGAGAUGCAGGACUGUGCAUUUUAUAUUUUUAUUUUAAUAUCACCUGUGUAUGUAGUUCUGUAACAAUGAGGUUUAUGAAAAACAAAAAACAAAUGCUCACAUCUUAAACUCUAUGUACCGUCACAGUGUAAUCAUAGUCCAGUUUGUGGAUUGAUUUCUUGGUACUUCAUGAUGUUUAUAUUGAGUCUGGGUUGUAUAUGAAAACAGGACUUAGCUUAAAGGAAUACAAAUUUGUGUUCAUAAUGCUAUAGUGUCUCUGUCCCUAGCUUCUAUAUAGGUACCCAUCUCCGAGACAACUUAAAAAUAAAUAAAUUACGUCUCCCUUGGUACUGCUGGCCCCUCCUCCCAUGUCGCCGUCAUAGAGCAUAGGGGUCCUGUGCCACAUGGUGAGUGCCACAUAGGCAUUCAAAAUUCCCCAUAGGUAGGCAUUGAGUUAAUGCUUUCCUAUGGGGCUUCCAUGUCAUGUGACCUAGUUUUACUCGGUCUGUGCCAAGGAAGCUUCUCUAGUGGCUAAUGAACAUUGCAAAACGUGUCAGUGUCCAAAGUGCUACCAAGGUUUGACUUCCUUCAUCUACCAUUCAGAUAAAACUCCCAUCAUAUUCAGGAAGUCUUUGGCCUGGAGGAUAUAACCGUAAGCAAUGUCUACAGUAUGUAGGAUGCACUUCUCUGAAAUUUGAUUUUGAUAAGAAUAUGUUUUCUUUGGAUGGCUGUGAAUUUUGCAGAUACUUCUCAGAGAUGUUUCUUUUCAUUCUUCAAAUGUUUUUUUCAUUGGCCACUAAUUAGGUCCACACAAUUAAAUUCUCUGGUCUCUAGUGAGCAUUCAUAAUAUGUACCAGACCUUCGGAGUAAGAAUCCCAACUUUUUAAAAAACAAGUAUUUUUGCAUUGAUCCCUAUAUAAUAACAAAAAGCUCAAUAUGAGCUUAUAAGAAAAAAAAAAGUUGCAGAGAUGUGCAGAAUUUCGCAAUACAUGACCACCCAAUCAUCGUCAAUAGAUUUGAGCACUGUUUAUUAUUAACUGCUCUGUUAGUUGUAUACUAAGACUGUCCUAUGAAAGUAUCACUAAAAUACUCAUCAAUAAACGUGUUUCAUUCCUGUUUUUGUAGAGAGUUGUACAAUGGACCCAGCAUGUGAGCAGGAUUCCGUAUUUUCCUAGAUAAGGCAUUUAGAAGACAAGUCAUACCAAUACACACCGUUUAAAGAAGGAAAAAUAUCACAUCGGAUUGGACAUACACACUAUGUAUAACUGUACUGUAUGCAAAAUAAAUUAUCUUUAAAAAAAUUAACCGGCUGAAUUGGUUUUUGUCUAAUAUUCUGUUGAUUGAACAGUGAGUGUGGCAUUUAUAUCACACUAAUAUAAGGUACCAUGUAACUAUCAGAAAGGUACAGCAAUAUAACCGGUACCGUAUAUACUCGAGUAUAAGACGGGUUUUUAGGCACAUUUUUUGUGCUGAAAAAGCACCACUCGUCUUAUACUCGAGUCACUGUCUGUAUUAUAGCAACUUAUAUUGCCAUAAUACAGACCAGGACCGCCGGGCUCAUUACAAGCCUGGUGGUCCUGUUGGGGGCUGGCAGCGAGCUGUUACUUACCUUUACAGCAGCCCCUGUCAGCUUCCUUCACCUCCGUUCAGCUCACAGUGUAAGUCUCACGAAACCCACAGCUGUCAGAGCCGCUCUGCGCGGCACACAGACUGCGAGACUUACACUGUGAGCUGAACGGAGGAGCUGCACGGAGGUGAAGGGAGCUGCUGUAAAGGUAAGUAACAGCUUGCUGCAAGCCCCCCUACUGAACAACCAAUGCCACUGGACUACCAGGGAUUCAUAUAGCCCCCUUCCCUGGUCAGGCAAAAAAUAAAAUGAAACAAAAAAAUAAUAAAAUAAUAUUAAAAUAAUAAUAAUAAAUAUUAAAAUAAUAUUAUAUAUAUAUAUAUAUAUAUAUAUAUAUAUAUAUAUAUAUAUAUAUAUAUAUAUAUAUAUAUAUAUUAAAAUAAGGAAAAUGCCCUCCCCCCACCCAGUUUACACACACUACAUAAACACACACACACUCUGCAUUAUAUACACACACUCUGCAUUCAUAGGCGUGCGCACGGGGUGUGCAGCGUAUGCCUGGGCACACUCUAAUCCCCCCGGCAUGCCUAUGGAUUGAGACCGGCAGGGGAGAUCUCAGGAUCCCUCUGUCGGCCCACAGGCAGUGAGGGAGGCAGGAGAGGACCCGGGGAGCUCUUGCCAGCAGCUCCACCGGGUUCCACUCGCGAGAUGUGAGCGUUGCCGCAGCAAUGCUCAGAUCUCGCGAGAGUGAACUCUAGCCCCGCAGGCUAGAGUUCACUCUCCACUGGAUCACCAGGGAAGGAUGGCAGCAGGAACAAGGAUCCCCCCUUCCAGGCAUAAGGUAAGAAGGGAGGGGGGAUAUUAACUGAUCUGCUCCCACCUCCACUGGACCACCAGGGAAGGCAGCAAGGAAGGGUCCCCCCUCCAUACAUAAGGAAAGAAGGGAGGGGGGAUAUUAACUGAUCUGCUCCCACCUCCAAUGGACCACCAGGGAAGGCAGCAAGGAAGGAUCCCCCCUCCCUACAUAAGGUAAGAAGGGAGGGGGGAUAUUUAUGAACUAAUCUGCCCCCACCUCCACCCCCACAAACCACCCAAACAUACAGCCCACAAACAGCACACACACACACACACACACACACACACACAUACAUCACACAAACCGCACACACACACAAACAGCACACAUACAUACAGUACACACACACAGCACACACACAGCACCCACACACAUACAGCACCCACACACAUAGAGCAAACAAACAGCACCCGCACACACACAGCACUCACACACAUACAGCACCCACACAUACAGCACACAAACAGCACACACAGCACCCACCCACACAGCACCCACACACAUACAGCACCCACACACACAGCAACCUCAUACACACAGCACACUAACAGUACCCUCACAAACACACAGCACCCACACAGCACACUAACAGCACCCUCUCACACACACAGCACACAAACAGCACCCUCACACACACAGGACCCUCACACAGCACACUAACUGGACCCUAACAAACACACACACACCACACUACCAGUACCCUCACACACAAACAGCACCCUCACAAGCACACACACACACAAACUCCCUCACCCACAUAGCACACUACCAGCACCCUCACACAGCACACACACACACAGCAGUGUAUGUGUGUGUGUGUAUAUAUGUGUGUGUGUAUAUAUAUAUAUAUAUAUAUAUAUAUACAUACAUACAUAUAUAUACGCAGCAUGUGCUUGUGCUUUAGGGUGCACACCCUAAUGCAAAAGGCUGCGCACGCCUAUGUCUGCAUUAUAUACACACACACUGCAUUAUAUACACACACACACUCAUACAAACACACACUCUGCAUUAUACACACACACACACUCAUACAAACACACACUCUGCAUUAUAUACACACACUGCAUUCAUACAAACACACACUGCAUUCAUUAUAUACACACACACACUGCAUUCACACACACAUUCUGCAUUCAUUAUAUACACACACUACACACAAACACACACACACACACUGCAUUCAUUAUAUACAAACGCUACACACAAACACACACACACACACACUGUAAAUACAUAUUCAAUUAAUGUAAUUUUAUUGGGAUCUAAUUUUAUUUAGAAAUUUACCAGUAGUUUUCCCAGUUUUUUGUGGUAAAAUUAGGGGCCUCGACUUAUAUUCGGGUCGUCUUAUACCCGAGUAUAUAUGGUAAGUCUAUUUUAUACAUAUGAUUUCUAGGUCUCUGUGAUCAAUACAACCAUCCAAUGGGAGAAAUUGAAAGAGUCAUAUCAGGAAAUAUUACUUUACUGAGAGGGUAGUGGAUGCAUGGAAUAGCCUUCCAGCUGAAGUGGUAGAGGUUAACACAGUAAAGGAGUUUAAGCAUGCGUGGGAUAGGCAUAAGGCUAUCCUAACUAUAAGAUAAGGCCAGGGACUAAUGAAAGUAUUUCAAAAACUGGGCAGACUAGAUGGGCCGAAUGGUUCCUAUCUGCUGUCACAUUCUAUGUUUCUAUGUUUCAUCUGUAUUAAACACAUAAGUAUGUUCUUUACCUUAAUUAUAGCUAAAUAAUGAGCUAUUCAUAUUUGAAUUAGUUUUUUUUUUUAAAUAGCUGUACAUAUACAUGUAACACUAAACACUGACAUAACAAAAAAGGAGUCUAUUAUGAAAAAAUAAAACAAAAUUACCCACUUUCAUCUAAAUGCCAUGAACUAAUUACAGAUAAUAUGUUUCAUUAUAUAAAAUAAGAGCUUUAAUCAGGCUCAGACACAGUAACUCUUACCUGGCUCCCCACAAGGCUCCAAAGCCCCUUUUCUGUGCUGUUGAAGCUCUUCUGGCUUCGGUAGAGCUGCAGAAGACGGAAGUCAUUCAGUUGCCUUUCAUUGGCAUGAAACUUUGCACAGAUUUGACAUAAGUUAGCCCGGAACACUUGUUCUGGGCUGGUUAAUGAUGCCCGAAUGACACUGCCCGAGGUGGAGUUACAGCGAAAGGGUCAAUCUCAGAGUGUGCAGUGUUUUAAACUGAAAUGCUGCACAUACAGACUACAGGCACAAUGAUCACUUUAAGUCACUAAAGUGGUCAUGGUGCUUCAAGUAACACUUUAAUUUUUUUUAUUCCUGUACAGUUCACUUCCCACAAGGAUCACUCUAUGUCACUGUAUUAAGAUUAUUAUAAUAAGAUGUCCAUUGAGAGCCAAAAAAAAAGUACUUACGCAUAUUAUCAUUUAUAAAGCACCAACAAAUCCCACAUCGUUGUACAAUGGGUAACCUAACAGACAAUUAUUUGCAACAAGGCGAGUUGGACGCACAGGAACAGAGGGUGUUGUGUAUGUUGGCACAAUCAAAAUAUGAAUAAUUUCGCUGUCCUAUUCCACUUAUUCAAAGUGGCACUGCCACUGUCUGGGGUUUUGGCAUUUUUUGAGGAGAACUUUGCUUGUCUGGUAAAGGAGGACCUAUUUUUUCUGGAACGACUUAUGUCCAUCUGGCAGCCUGCAUGAUUUUUUCUGAAAUAACAUUGUGGGGUUGAAAGCAGAGUCGACAUGGGCAGUAUGUCGGGUUUAAUUACCAAAGUGAGAAUUCAAAGUGAGUUUCAAAUUUAAGGCUGGAGUAGUCAAACUGAAUGCAUAGUUGAUUAGAUUAAAUUCACUUAGAAUUUUCACUUUAGUAAAAACCCUGCAUGUGUUCUAUCAAGUGCUAAACCUAUUAGUGCAAAUAAAAUCAAUGAACUUUGACAUUUGGAUUAACAUAGUCCUUAAACUGGUCUGAUGUGACCAUUUCUGGUAUACCUUGCAGUUAUUCAAUCUGGCCUGUCCUGUCAAUUCAGUUUUCACAUAUUCCACUCCUGCUUUACCGAGGAAUGUUCAGCCUAUUAGGAAUGUAAGUCCUUCUUGUCAGGAUUAGGGAGACGCAACACGCACAGUGUAACCUGAGAUAAAUAUAAGUAAUCAGUUAUCAGACCUUGUAGUUGGAGGGCUUAACAUAAAGCAAACAGAGAAUUGUCAGGAAAAGCCAAAGUCAGGGAAACCAGAGAUCAGGAGUAGCAAGGAAUAGCAAGGAGCAAAACGAGAAUAGUUAAUAGAAGCUGUGUUCAAAACCAGAUAGACAAUAUAGUAUAAAAUGCACUAUUGGAAGCCAAAAUAGACAACAACAAGGUAUAGAUCCAAGCCCCAGCCAGCUAUUCAUAGUGUGGCUCUUUAAUUAACUAGCCACACACCCUAAACGUGUGGAAAUGUUGGCAAGCACGCCUUGUGUGAUAAAAGGGGGCAAAGUCACUGCCACCGGCGUUCACACCACUGUAGAACCUGGAAGAACCAUGAGGGAGGUCACAGAACUUCUGCAGACGUCCAGGAGGUUCUGCCCAAGGACCCAACACAAAAUACCCUAACACCUCUAUUUUAUUUUUAUGAUUUUAACAGAUAUACAAUAAUGAGGCACACGCAUACGUAUCUCACACUGAUUAGAGCUAAAGUUAUUUGAUCUGAACCUACAAAAAAAUUUCACAAAAGUUAACUUAUUUACAUGUUGAUUAAUCCCUGUCUCACUUAGCUUUCUAUACUCCAGGAUUCAUAACCAGAGUGUAGAGGAACACUUUCCCUGCAAUGGACCAAUUGUAUUCACUUAAAUUUAAUGUGCUGAAAAUCAUUACAAGUACGUGGAAGCAAAGUAUUUGACCAUUUUUAUUUAUCUAUUUUUGUUACCUACUGUAUGCAAGAAAUUUUUAUUUUUUUUAUACUAAAAUUUUAGACUCUGUGUAAACUAUUGCAAGAUAAUGGAUACUGUAUACAGUCCAAAGCUUUUUAUUCCUCAAUAAUGUCUAUGAAAGAUAAAGACUAGCUCGUGAUGUCAACAUACUCAGAAACUCCAAUAAAGUCUCUAGCCUAUACAUAUUUAGGAACUAUAUAUAUAUAUUGAAAGACCAGUGAAGUCCAAAACAGAUAAGAUAUUCUGUUCUGGCCAUUCUCUCUGGCUGUAGUCUGCUGGGGAUGGCUGACUAAAGCUUUUUUCACUUGUUCUCCUGUGACUGCUCAUAUGGCAUGGAAUGAUCUUUGACAUAUGUUUAGUGAAGAUUUGGACUGCAAGUCCAGCGGAUGGCAGCUCACAGAUUACAUAUGGUAAGAGUGCCUUAUUUAAAGUAAUUUAAUUCUCUAUUACCCUGGAGGCAAGCAUGCAUGUCCUUUUGUUCUAUAGGUUAUACCCUCUAAUCUACACUUUAUCUAAGGUUUCCAGACAGGCCAUGUAUUCCAGAACACAUAGUAUUUCAGUAUUCGGUCGGGUUUGCAUGAAAAAUGCUGCUCUGUAUUAUAUAGCAUUAACAUCCUCCAGAAUUAAUACUAAUUAAUACAAGAGGGAUCCCAAAGGACCUGCCUUAAUGUUUUGUUACUAGAGUACUAGUGGGCUCGUUUCAGGAUUUCGGAAUUCAAACAGGUAAGCGCGUAGCUGUCUUACUUUUUGUAAGCUUCUGAUUCCUGUACCCGGUCUGACAGGAAGUGCUCACUGGAAUCAGAAGCUCCACUUGGCCACGCUCCACAGGGAGGUGGGGAGGGAAGAGCACUAAGGGACGGUGGUGCACUAAGCGGAAAUAUAUAUACAAGUUAUAUGGAAAUCCUCUGAGAAUCUGACACAAUUUGUAAGUGAUUAUUAAAAAAAGUGUAUGUUAAGUGAGGAAUGUUAUGCUAGAAGGUUUUAAAAAAAAUGUUGGCUGAAAGACAGUACCUUGUCCUUGAAUGAAAGUUUGGAGGUAAUUUGUUAAAUAAUAUGCAGAGUGAUUGUCCGCAAGUUGUUAGACUGUCAGUGAUAAUGUGGUAUAAGAAAUCCCUGGGUUAUUUUUGAAGCUGCGGGAUGCUUCAUCUGAAAGAAGGAAUGGGAUUUUUUUUCAUGCCGCUGCAAGACUCAUCUCCCUGUCUGCCUGCAACUUCCAUGCCUUUCCCCUCUGUCAGUCCUUAUUCUGGCUUCCCGUAAAAUAUGGGACACAAUUUAAAACACACUGCUUCCUCUUCCACAACGGUGUCAUCCAAUAAACUAACAGUUCACUGUUCUAGCAACCUACUUUUUCCCAUAAAUAAAUACAUCCUUCCCUUACCUUAACUUUUUUGUUUAUAGUGUAUUCAAUCUGGGUGUUCCCCCACCCCACCUUACUAUUAGAGUAACUUGACACUCUCUCCCUAGAAGGUUUCUUUUGCUUAAUAAUUGUUACAAAUUAUAAUUAUUUCAAAUUGAAAGGGAGGGAAAGGCACUAAGAGACAGGGGUUGCACUAAGGGAGGGGAAAGCACAAAGGGACAGGAGGGGAAGGGAGAGCACUAAGGGACAGGAGGGGAAGGGAGAGCACUAAGGGACAGGAGGGGAAGGGAGAGCACUAAGGGACAGGAGGGGAAGGGAGAGCACUAAGGGACAGGAGAGGAGAGCUCUAAGGACAGUAGGGGAGACCACUAAGGGACAGAAUGGGAUAGCACUAAGGGACAGGAGGGAGAGCACUAAGGGACAGGAUGAAAGAGCUCUAAGGGACAAGGGACAAGAGAGAGGAGACCACUAAUGGACCUGGGAGACCAUGAAGGGACGGGGUGAAGGAGACUACUAAGGGACGGAGGGGGGAGGAGAGGUCAUUACGGGUUGUGGAGAGUGGAAGAGACCACAAAUAAACAGGGGGUGGGGGUGGGAGAGAAUGGAAUAGACACAAAGACAUAUUUCACUGACAUAUUGGGGAAGAGACGCACAAAAGGGCUGGUAGGGGAGAAAGAAGCACAGAGGGGCCUGGGGGGGGUGAAAGAGACACAUACAAAGGAGCUGGGAAAAGUAAAAGACACAAAGGGUCUGGGUGGCACAAGACAUGCAAGGGGGAGGGAGGAUGUAAGAGACAUACAAAGAGGGCGGAUAGGAGACACACAAUGGGUUGUAAGACACACAAAUGGGGGGAAAAAUUGAUAAAAUUCACUAAAGGGGGGUAUAAGACACAAAAGUGGGAUGUGAUACACUAAAGAUACACUAAAGACAUUUAAAAUAGGACAUAAGAAACAGAAAAGGGGGGGGGGGGUUAAGAGACACACAGCUGAAGACACCUGUUUGGGUAGGGGAGGCAAAAUGCAUAUUCGCCUAUGUAGCCAAAAAUCCUUGCACCAGCCCUGUUCACACAACAGUAAAAAAAGCAGAAAAAUCCUAUAUUCUCAGAAAAAGUAGCACUAAUGAAAACUGUCUCUAAAUCUAUAAAUGUCCAGACUCAGCAAGGACCAUAGUUUAGGUAAGGGAUCGUAUGAAGUCUAUUUACUUCUAAUACACUCUAAGUCCCAGAAAACCAUCACCAAAAAUAAGAAUAAAUGCCAUCGUGUAAGUGAAAAUGAAAAAGAUGCACAUUUAGGAUUGAGGUUCGGUGUGUUUAAAUAUACUUUUCUGGUAGAGACGUACUGGAUACCGCACUCACCAAAUAACCCAGGUGCUCUGAAGCCAGGGCUGGCAAGGCCUCCCUUCCAAGAUAUGCAGAAUAAAUAAUGGUUCAGGCACUCAGGGAUAACAAAAAUAGCAGCUUUAUUGGAGCAAAAGCAGUAACGUUUAGGAAGCUUGAUAAAGACCCGGUAGGGUCGAAAUGUUGCUACUUUUGCUCCAAUAAAGCUGCUAUUUUUGUUAUCCUGGAGUACCUGAACCAUUAUUUAUUCUUCAUAUAGAUACUUUUUAGACAUGUUUACAUAGUAUUCUGAUAAAAAAAAAUCCACAUACUCUAGUGUUUCUGGAAGAUGUGCUUUAUAAAGUAGGGUUCUAUUGUCUGGUAUAUAACUUUUUCCAACUCUUCAAUAUGUAUUUGUCAAACAACAGCACAAGCCAUACUGGACCCAACAGUCGCCAUAAGUAGGGUUGCUUUACUUGACACUUGUGAUUUCGUCAUGCUGUAGGGCAAUGCAGGAAAUGUGCUGCUCUGUAGCGUGUAGAAAUAAUUUGCUGCAGAAGGGAAAUAGCUUUAUGUAUAAGUGGAGAAUUGCAAAGGAAUUGCCUUGAUUAGUGGUUUCCCUACUGGAGCAUUUUGAUUUCACAAGCUGCAGGGAAGCACUUUUUUAUGUACAGUCCAUUAACAUGUAGACAUGUUAGUAGACUUGUGCACAAAUCCUUUUCAGCUGCGUUGAACGAAUCACAUAGUUAUUAAUCGAUUGGCAAAUGGAUUAAUUAGCCAAUUCAGAGCAAAUCAAUUCAUUUGACCAUCAAUUGGAAGGCAUUUGAGUUGAUCAAUGCAGCUGGAAGGGAUUUGUACCCAAGUGAAUUGAUUAGCUAACCAUUCUCCUACCAGAUUAACCAGCAGACCAUUGCUCAAAGUCUUCAAACAAACCACGUCCAGCUGUGUUUAGGGAGGGGCACAGACUAUAAAACUGAUGGACUGGGUGGGCGGUUCUUGUACAGAAAUAUCUGAAAAAGCUUUCUGAUCUGUACAAGCCAGAGACUUUCAGAAGUAUCCUGCUGGGAGUCUAGAGAUCCAGGAGCUUGUUUUCUGAUAUCUGUGAUGGAUACACCAGGUAUUUGAUCCCAAACUAAUAUAUAUUUAAUGCAAAUUGGUCAUGCUAUUUUUAUUUUGUCUGUCCAUUUGUCUAAAGUUUGGAUUAGGAGAAAAAAACUAUUUCAAAAUAGGUCUGUCAUGCAUCUCUCAGUUCCUCAUUGCUGAGAAAGUAGACAAGACCUUCCACAGGAGGUCCCUCUGCUCUUUACUUAUAGCAACCAGUAAGUAUUACAGCAAUGGAUUCAUAUGUUACUCCGUUUGUAUGCUGGCAAUGAAGUUAGUGUGGUGGUGUCAUGGAGGUAUGUCCUGUUUAGAGAAGUGUCUCAAGCAUGGGAAAUCAAAGAACUAAGGUGUGCAGGCUGUAAUACCCACUUCAGUAUGGAGAUUGAGGUGGAGGGCUUGAUAAAUGGUAAUGGUUUUACUUUAAUGUAUAUCUUGAAUGCUUCACUAUGCUCCUAACAUGUCUGCUGUCUCUAUGGUAUUCUAAAGGUGGUCUGGUCUCUUGAGAUUCCGUCUGGCUAGCUGUGUGAAAAGCAUCGUUAUGGAGCAGUUAAUGUGGCUGGUAUCAAAAGUGAAGCUUUAAAGCUACUCCACCUCCCUUAUCUGUGGUUUGAGUAUCUUUAAAUUGUUAAUUGCUAAAAAUUCUUGUUUUUAUUGGAUUUAAUCUGUUAUCCUUAACACGAGCUUUUCAAAAACCUUCAUACAGUUUGAAUUAACUGUAGAGAAAUAUAGUAUCGUCCAGUUACUCACUAACGUGUUUCAACCGAUAAGGUCUCUUUCAAGGUGUCUUGAACCUUUCUCUGGGCUUCCUUUUUUAUCUGUUUGGACUUAAAUUUUUCCUGCCACGCAGCAUUUUGCAGUACUUCUGGAUUGUGACAUAUAAACAUAACAUCCUGGCGCACUCUAUGGAGGAGGGACCCGACCUCUCCGAUCAUGUGAGGGUCAGGAGUCCAAAACUGCCAUGAUCAUAGCUGGCGUUGUACAUCAUAAGUAUGAAAAGUUAAUUUCUAAACAUACUGGACACAAAUUAAAUAAAAACAUAAUUAAUACCUAAUGGUCAUUCACAAAUACAUUUGGUAUGUACAUUUAAUAACACAUUAAGGUGCAGAUGUAUUCUAUAAUACAAGGAGUAUAUAUCAUACCAUAAUGCAAAGACAAAAUUAUAAAGGUUUAGUCUCUGUCCAAAAAGAUGUUAUAUUCAUUAAGGAAAUUAUCUGACUUUAAAACUCAAAAUAAUUUUAAAUGAGUGUAGCCAUCUCAAAGUCGCCGUUGAGUCUGCAGGGAGACAGGGUAUCCAGAUUAAAGAUCCACCUUGUGACAGAACAUCUGUCUGUUUAUUGCUGGUGGAUUCGUCUAUUUCUGCCCCUUUUCGUGUAAAUGGCUGUUUCUAUAGCCCAGCCAUACGAAUGACUGUUUUUCCCGAACAAACCUACCGAACGGACGGCCACCCAGGAGAGAAGUGUGCUGCUGGUUAACCUAUUGAGCCCAAUUAGAACGCUGUGGUUAACCGCAGACACUUCUCAAUUAAACCGAAUUCAGGGCGGUCGUCGGUAUGUCAACCACGAGGCAGCGGCCAUUUUAAACCACGCAAAAGCCCAGCGGUGUUUGGCUCUAUUUCUAUGGAACUAAAAACGGACACUUUUUCUGCCGAACACCGCUGAAACAACGGAAUGCCUGGCUGCCUCCACGAAAGCAUACGAAUACCGGUCGUUCGGGAGGUUUGAAGCAUACGAAAUGACUUAACCCAGAGCCUUCCCAUGGAGUCAUUCGUAUACCGAAGGACUGUAAGAACUUUGACUCCAUGGCGAUUGAACUACGUGUGUGGGAUCUGAGCGCUAUUCGCUAAUAAUAUGCACUCAGAUUCAGGCUAUCUGGGGAUAUGUGAUACGAAUGGGAAAUGUUCGGUUAUUUUAAAGUUAUGUAUUUUUAUGUCUUUUAUGAUUUUAUAUUUAAAAUGGCUACUGGCUUUGUCCUGGAGAUAAUUGACUGACUUGGUAAUUAUCUCCAGGGCAGAGGGGAGGGAAUCAUAGUGCAUUGUGGGUAAAAACUGUGACUGUGUCUGGAAUGUCCCCAUAUCUGUCUGUCAUUUGAGUCUCCCAUUUGGUCCCCUAGGGGAGUGUCCACCAAGUGGGAGACCUGCAUAAAUACGGGCAGGUAGCCCACAGUAAAGCCAGAUCCUGUUUGACCCUCAAUGCAGAGCUUCUGUCUCGUUUUUGGGGGGGGAUUUCUUCUUCACGUUUAGAGACUGCUGGAUGGAAACGAAAGCCGCUUGGUGGAUGUUAUUAUUCAGCGGCUAGCAGCAGUUCGUGUAUUGCCCUUCGGGAGUUUGGAGCCGUUCACGGAUCCCGGUCGGGAGAUUGCUGCUUCCCCUGCAUUUGGUUCAUGCACUAUAGGCUAUGCGAACGGAGCUUAUUGAUAUUACAGAUGGGGAAGGUCGACUAAAUGGCAGUUUUGCUUAGAGACACUGGGGGUGUCUUAACACACCUCAUCUCUCAGCAGUUAAAAGUCAACUCCAGAUGGCCACCUCUCCAGUGUCUAAUAAUCAACUGGAUACCAAAAAAAUUGGGUGUUUUAAAAAAAGUAGGGAAACAUUGUUUCAAAAAACCCUCCUUAUAUUAUAGAAAAGGAAUAAGAGAUGCACUCUCAGGACUUUACAAUAACUCCAUAGGUAUUUAUUAAAACAAAGUUACAUCAUCCGAUCGACGUUUCUACCCUACAGGGUCUUCCUCAAGAUCAAUGUAUCAAGAUACAUACAGAUAAUAAAUCUCAUAGUGUACUCACCAAUCAUGAACUACUUCCCUCAAUCCCUCCGUGCGUACCCGGAAGUGAACCCGCGGUCACGUGAUGUGCCAUGAUUCAAACGUGAUUAUCGUAACUAGGAUACCAGUGAAAACAAAUCGUUAGUACGAAAGUGUCUAAUUCCGAUGUACCCAUCAGAUAUGUGACUAUAUAAUCUAUCUGUAUAGUAUUAGAAUAGCAAGUGGAAUUCAUACAACUAUGUAUAGUGUUGAUAAAGUGAUGCAGUGAUAAGUGGAAAAAAAACAGCAAAUACAGUGCAGGAUGAAUAAUACAUACUCCAUAAACCCAGUGAAACAAAACCAGCAUACUUCAUAAUUCCCAAUAAAAUAUAGAAUAUACAAUAUUAGUCUACUUUCUUUAGACAUAUCGAAAAAUACAUGGCAGAAACAUCAGUAUUCUACAUGAUACAAAUUUCAUAUUGCACAAGCAGGAUGCAGCAAUCAAUGGGUAUAUUGAUAAUAUCCUCUAGAACAAAAUCUAGUGUAAAAGCUCAAGAGUAGCGGACAUUAACUGUCAUAAGGGUGUAUAGUGGCCAUUUGAAAAAAGGAACGAAAAAAAUAAAUCAUACCUGGAAAGGUGUACCUUAAGUACAGAUAUCCAUCAAUAUUGACUCUUAAAGAGCUAUUAGAUCAUAAUCUAUCUGAAGAAAAUUAUAAACAGAUGAGGAGGCUGUCCCCAACAAAGGUGUGUAAUCAUAUUACUAAUAAUCAUCGCAGUCUCAAUAAUUAUUGUACUCACUAUUGCAUUAUAAAUACACAAAGGAUCAUAAGAACUAUAUCCAAAAAAGAGAGAAUAUAUAGAUCUAUAUCUCCUUAUAUUAUAGAUAUGCUCAUGUAUCCUUGUUUUCAAACUUCUAGAAGUUCUACCCACAUAUUGUAAUCCACAAGGACACGUGAGCAAGUAUACCAUGUUUUUAGAGUGACAUGUGGUGAAGAAAUCUAUUUUAAAAGGUGUGGAUUCCACCCUAAGCUUAAAACUCUCUACUUUUUUGGGGUUUGUUUUCAAAAAUUCUACAUCCCCAUACAGUUGCCACAAUAAUGGAAUCCUCUACUGGUAUAUUUGUAUGAAUCCAAACAAUGAGUAUUAAUUGGCUUAUUUAUAUAACUAGAGGUGAGUAUCUGUUUUAAGAUUUUUAGCUCCUCUAAAUAUUAGCUUUGGUUUAUCAUUAAUAAAUGGAGGAUCUCUGGAUCCUGUUGUAAAAUGAGCCAAUUUAUAAGAAUUAUUUUUAGUUUCUGAUCUUUACUAUAAUUGAAAAUUAAAGGUAUUCAUCUUUAUCUUGUCUAAGUUGUCUGGAUGUAUAUACAAGUAGGGAUUCUCUAUCCAAAUCUUGAAUUGAUUUAAUUUCCUCAUCUAAUCAUGAUAACCACAAUCUAAGAAUUGUUUUUUCAGAAAAUUGGUCUGAUCUUUAAAUGAGUUCAACUCUAUACAGUUGCGUCUUAGAUGGAGAAAUUGCCCUGAUAUUUUCCAGCCAGGAUAGGAAGUGGCAGCUUUCUUUGUUGAUGUAGCUGUUUACAUCCACUUUUUGAAAGUGCAUGUGCUAAUCUUGUCUUUAAUAAAAACUUCCAAAUCUAAAAUAUUGGAUAAUUUCAUGGGUUAAAUGGAUAUCCCAUUGAUUUGAAUUAAGAAAACUUAAAUCUAAAGCAGAGGGUUCAUCACCCUUCCAAAUGUCAUCAAUGUAUCUUUUAUAUAGGACCAGGUUCAUGCUGCAGUUAUGGUUGGAAUAGAUAAAACUCUUUUCCCAAUAAGACAUAAACUUGCAUAACUGGGCACAAACCUGGUACCCAUUGCUGUCCCUCUACAUUGUAAAAAGUAAUCUCCUUCAAACUAAGUUUUAUUCUAGAGGAUAAAAAGAAUCCCCUCCAUGAUAAAAUCCACCUGUUCAGCAGGAUAUAGUAUAGAAGUUUCUAGAAAUAAACAAGUAGCCUCACACACCAACAAAAUCCUUUAUACAGGUAUAAAGGCAAGUCAUAUCACAUGUGACAAAAAAUCACUUUGCCAUUUAAAAUCUUUCAAUAUUUGGAGUUAACUCAGUCUUGUAAAUAAGACAAACUUAACUAUUGGUUGUAGGUGUGCAUCUACCUAUUUAGAUAAAUUGUAUAAAAGUGAUCCAACACCAGAGACUAUAGGUCUCCCUGGUGGAUUCAGUGCAUCUUUUGUGGAGCUUUUGGUAAUCUCCAUAACUUUUGGUGACUGUAUAUUAAGGAAGAAGUAUUCAGAUUUAGUUAGCAUACCCUUAAUCAGUCCUUUGUCUAAAUAGUGCACAGUUUCCCUUUUGAUUUUUGUUAGGGGAUUAUUUUCUACCUUUUUAUUUGUAGCCUUAUCCUCCAAUUGUCGAUAGAUUUCUGCAAUAUUUGUCCUUUUCCCUUAAAGCUACUCCACCUCCCUUAUCUGCUGGUUUGAGUAUCUUUAAUUUGUUAAUUGCUAAAAAUUCUCGUUUUUAUUGGAUUUAAUCUGUUAUCCUUAACACAAGCUUUUCAAAAACCAUACAGUUUGAAUGAAGGUGCAUAGGAUAAAAGGGUGAUUGAUCUCUGUAUGGCAAAAAAGGACAUUAGUAUUGUCAUUUGUAUUGAGUUUAUUUUAUUUAAAAAAAUAAAAUAAAAAAAUCGCCUCAAAUCUAACCAUAGUGCAGCUAGGUGCGAAUUUAAAAUAUUUAAAAUACUAAUUUGGGCAGGAUCUAAAAAUGUAUUUAGAUUAAAAAAAUGUUAUCGUCUCAUUGUCUUUACUCUUUGGUCCCUCCAAUCGUUUUCCUCCAUUUUCCCCUUCUAAAUCUCUGUAUCUUCAUUUUGUGGGGAUAGGGGGUCGUUAUGGGUGGCUCUCUCCAUUUUCUUCCUAAAAAAGGGGUAGUUUCAUCACUUUCUAAACUCCUAAUCAGUUCAAAGCGAUUAAAUGUCAGGACUUCGCUACACUGAAGUGGAUAAUUGGAUCUAUAGUUCAUAUUUUUCCAACUUUCUUUAGGAUUGGUGUCCCUUUUAGUAUAAUCCCUAUUUUUAUUUUUUUUAUGUACUUAAGUCCAUUCUCAGGUUUUGUUUUCCACUUCUAGUGGUCUAACCCCAACUUGGGUAGGUAUUGUGGUAUAUUUAUUUUUUCUUGUAAUCAGUAUGGUUUGUUAUAACUGUCUUAUUUGUGUUUGUAAUUAGCUCUUGUGUUUUUUUCUGAUUUCUAGUGGCAGUCAUUGACAUCCCUUUGGUAUUUCUUUUUUAUUAUUCAUACUGAAAGAUGGUGCAAAUGUAUCAAAUCUCCCCAUAAUGUUAGAGAUGGAUUUGAAAUAAUUGGUUCCAAUUUGUUGUUUCAUUAAUGAUUUUAUCAAGAUCUUCAAGAUUUAGUCCUUUGAUCAACUAUGAUCCACAUCAUACUGAUGGAAGGGGCAUUAGUAAUUUUCUAUCACUAUGAUGCGGAUCAUAGUUGAUCAGAAGACUAAAUCUUUAAACUAAAAAUCAUUAAUAUUUUGUAAGAAGAUUAUGGUUUAUGCGCCUGAUUAAGGGGGAAAAUAACUGUGUCCUGCUUCAGUGACCUGGUCAUCUUGUUUGUCUUGGAUGCCUGCCUGGCACUGCUGAAUGUCUCUCCUAUUUUCAGAGCUGAAGUUGGGAAUGAAGGGUGCUCAGUCAUGUAUGUCAUCAUAUAGUGCUGUCAUGCAACGUCUGAAAUUAAAAUGAUGGACGCUACCUCACUCAGCUUAUAAUGUAACCUAGCAAUUCAAACCUUUUUUUAAUGCAUUGGUGUUUCACUGUAAACUGCAGCACUAAUAGGAUGUUAAAGCUAUAUUGUCUGUAUUUGUGUGCGUGCAUGUGAAUGGGGACAUGGAAGUAUGUAGUUCUUAAUUGGUAUUUUAACUUUUACAGUUGUUUACAAGGGAAAAUAGUUUUCUCUGCUUUAGCAUUCUAAAUAAAAGGAGGCACUAAUGCCCUCAGUUACCUGUGCAGGGUGGAAGGGAACAAUCUGUAGUCUGUAAGAUGCCUAGAAACUUGCUGACCUUAUUGUGAGAAUUCCUGCUGUUGCCCUAUACUAGAUCUUAACCUCAGCCAGUUCUUCUUCCAAAUAUAUAAAACAGUGUUUCCUCUAAUUUCAGAUAUCAUCCUGUUUGCCAUCAGCAGUGACUAUGUGGCUAGAGCUGGCCUACCGCCCAAGGAUCGUAUGGAUAGCUACUACGACAGAUCUACUGCUGUAGGGAAGCUAAAUGAUGUAACCAAGAUUGUGUUUAACCCUGAAGGGCAGCUCUUUGCUGUCCGUGGCGGAGAUCUUUACACUGGGCCCAUGCCUCUGUCUGCAAACCUUGAUUGUUCUCUCCUGCCAAGGAGGUGGAAAAAGCUGAGUGGGUUCAAUUUAAAUUUCUAUUCUUUGACCCAAAUGGGCUUCUGUAUGCAGCUACAAAAGAUGGUGAGCUCUACAAGGGUCCAGCACCAAGCAAUGAAAAAUGUGUCCUGGCGUUAUGGUCAAGCAACCAAGAUAGGAAACUCCUGGUUGGAAUAAACUUGAUGCACUUUUCUUUGACCAAAAAGGCAAUCUGUAUGCAGUGAACGAUGGUGACAAGCUUGUGGUGGGAAGCCCUCAUCCACGACCAACAAUGAAUGGCUGAAGUCAAGCACCACUAUUGGAAAUGGUGGCUGGCAAAUUCUCACCCAUUUCAUGGAGAUCAGCCUUGAUGACUUAGUGUGGUGUGUGGAUUCACGCAAUGGCAACAUCUAUAAAGGGAAAAUCCCAACUAAAGAUGAUACAAACUACUUGGAUAAGGCUGAGCUCCUAGGUCUAUAACCUGUACCACUUUCUAGCCUUCACUGUUGAUAAAACCAUCCAGAGUUGUAAGCUUUGAAUUCCUACCUGGAUCAGGUAAAAUAGGUGGUCAGUCUCAAAUCUACAAGAGGUGGUCAGUCUCAAAUCUACAAGAAUACAAGCAGCGUUCCCUUAAAGUACUCCUUCUCGUAAGUAUAUACUGAAUGAAUGGUGGUCUGACUUUCUCCCUUACAGAAGGGAUUAAUGUGACAUUAUCUUGGGUUAAAAUAGGAAACUCUUCUCAAAUGUCAAAUUUCCACAACUUUCUUCAUAAUUCUUCUUAGAUUCUCCAAAACUGAGACUAGCAGCUUUACCCAGGAGCAUGGCUUUACAGUAGAAGCUGGAGCAGAGGUCACUUUUACUGCUAGAAUCCCCUUUAUUGGUGACAUGGAGACAAGCAUUUCCAUCAACACAAGUACCACUCACACCUGGAGCUUCUCAAAGACCAAUGAAACCCAGAUAUGUGUCUGUCAUGAUAGUUUGGUUUUGGAUCUGUCUGCAUACUGGCCACUGAGAAUCAUUUUGUGGCACAUUUUACUUCUUACCACAUACCCCUUUCAUUCUGUGCAGAUCCUCUAAAUCAGGGGUGGGGAACCUUCAGCCCUCCAGAUGUUUUGGAUUUCAUCCCCCAUAAUGUUAGCAAAAGCAUCAAGGGAGAUGUAGUCCACAACAUCUGGAGGCAGAAGGUUCCCCACCCCUGUUAAACAUUGCCAGUGACACUUGCUUUGUUUCUGACUCUCACUCUAGCAAUCAACAGAACUAGUGUUUAUGAAUGGAAGCUUUCGUUUAAGCACCUGCUAUUCAACCCUCCAUUCUAAUGCAUGUUUCUCUCUACAGACUAGCUUCUCAGCCAGCACGGAUGUAGAGGUGCCGGGUGGAAAGUCUAUACGUAUGAUGGCUUCUGUCACAAAAGCACAAAUGGAUGUGCCAUACACUGCCAAGAUCUGCACCUUUUUUGGCUAUGAAACCACCAUCCAGGGAACAUGGAAAAGGGUCACUCAGGAAGACUACAGUGGCUGA